AGCCAUACCGCGUAUCUCAUUUGUCUUAGAGACCGCUUUUUAUAAUUUGAUAUUUACAUACUAAAUUCAACAGCAAUUUUGUCGAUUUCAAACUCAAUUUUAAGUUCAAGUUUUAAACGGUUUGUUUGCAGUUUAGUUCCUUUCGAAACUACAUAUAUCUCUCUGAAUCAUUUAAGACUUAUUGUCGAAAGAUUUUACUCAGAUUAAUUUUUGAGAUCUUUUAAGUUCUUGCUAGUAUUUUUAAAUGAAUAAUCAGUGCGAAUUAAUCAGUUUUUAAUUCUAGCCUAGUCUAACUUUGACUUUAAAUUUUCAAUUCUCGUGAUUAAUAUAAAUUCUUGCUUUUACAUGUUGAAGCUUGCAAGUUGCUUGAAAUGGCGCUUACGAAAUGUUCUUUUUUGCGUUUUAUAAAAAAUAAAAUAUUUUCCAGAUGGCCUCCUCUGGAAGACGUCGUCAACGAUCGAGUGGCAGUGGUAUAGAGGAUAGUUCUGUUUCCACUUUUGAUGGUUUACGAAUGCCUAAAGCUAAUCCUGUUAAACAACAACAGCGUCAGCAAACUAUUCCAAAAACUAAGGGUUCUCCAGCCGCUAUCAAUCGUAAAACAAAUGUGAAUGAUUCAGAAACAAGUGAAGAAAACCAUUUAAAUGAUAGAUUACGUCAAGUUCGGCAAUAUAUAAGGCAAACUUCAGCCAUGCUUGAUACAAUGAAGUCAGCGAGCGUUAACGAGGAUGACGAUAGGGUUCAGCAGUUAGAAGAAAUGCUACAAAGAUUAAAAGAGCAAGAAAAGAGAUACACUCAAAUACUUCUUGUUUCCGACACUCCAAGUGAGCAACGGUCUGAAGCCGAUGUCGAAGGAUUUUCAGGUCUGCUAGGAAGACAAAAUGAUUCGGACGCUCAUGAAAAUGGUGUAGAGAAUGGAAAUGACGUUGAUGAGGUAACAGCUCUUAGAGAACAAAACGAUCUUUUGAGACAAGUUCUUCAUAGAAGAGAACAAUUAAGAGCUCUUCAAGGACGUCAGGCUGCUCUUUUGGCACUUCGUAGAGAACUUGGUGCAGAAGAUAGUAUGAAUAUUGAUGCGCAAUCUUCCGAUGGCACAUCAUUAUCAGAUAAUGAGAAUGUUUCUCCUGCUAAUAAUGCUGCGACGCCUAAUAGUUCUACUGGUACUGCUGCUCGCUUAAAUUAUGUUAGAAAUGUUGGUGAAAGUAAAAGUGAUCUCGAGAAAAGAUUACAUGAAUUGCAGAACAAAAAGGAUCAUAUGGAUAUGCUUUUAUCUGAACUUCAAGCUUUGAAAGCAUCGGCAGAAAUGGAAUCUUCCGAAAGAAUUAAGAAUUCGGACAGAAAUCAUUCAAGACAAACUCAAGCUCAAUCUCCGCAAGCAUCUAAUCAGGAGCAGAGUAAUAAUCAACAUGAAAUUCGAAGUAAAAUGAAAAAAUUAGAGGAGGUUAAAAUGAAAUUGUCAGAACUUAAAGAAUUGGUACAUCAUUACCAAGCAGAAGGAGACGAGAGUUUGGCAACUAGCACAAGCGAAACAGCCUCUAACGGAGCUCAAUUGGAACGUCUCAGAGAGGCUGAAGCGAAAUUGCAACAAUUAAGAAUGGCUGUUGAAAAGGUGGAAGAGGAUGGAGCAGUAGCAGCGCCUCAGACAUUUUCAAAUGAUGAAGAUGAAAGUGAGGGUGAGGAAGAGACAGCCGAGGGUAAUGAAGGUGACGAAGGUACUGCGGAAAAACUGCAGGAUCUUUUGCAAAAACAGCAUCGAUUAAUGGCACUAGAAGGACAAUUACUAGCUCUUAAUGAUUAUUUGGGUCAAAAUGAGAGAGAAGAUCAAGACACCAACGAACCUCCCCCUCCUGCUCCAACUAGCGUCACUUUCUUGGAGCCAUUACCAACAGCAAGUAACGAUGAAGUUUAUGGUCGAAUGAGACAGCAAAGAAUCCUUAGGGAACAAUUACGCGACCAAAAGAAAGUUUUUGAAGUAAUGGUUAGUAAACCAAAACGAAUGACUGAUUCGAGAAACACAAGAGUUGCUCCAGUAGCAAACGACCCUGAAGUUGCCAGUGCAGCUGCAAAUUCUGUUCAGAGUGCAACUGUUGCCACAUGGGGUGGGUCUGAGAACUCAGCCAGAAGAACUGCCGCCAGUACAGGAUCAACACAUUCCGAUGAUACAUUUGUGAUUGACGGUAAGAAAAAUUUAUGGUAUUUUUUAGAUAAACUCUUUUAUAUUCCAGCAGCAGCUUCAGCUCCACCACGUCCCCCACCACCGAUAAACAGACAAUCUAACAAGGAUAUAGAAGAGCUAAAGAAAAGAGUUGAUACACUGACAGAAAAUGUAAAGCUUCUUCAAAAAAAUAGUGGUAGAACAUCUAAUGAAAAUGCUACCGCUACCCUACAACAACAACACGUACUGUUAGCAAUGCAACAUUGUUUAGCUCAAUUAUCUCAGCAGCAGCGUGACGUUACAAAAUCCCAACGACAAUUAACAAAACUGAUGACGAAAGAACCACAAACGGAAAAGCACAUCUCUCAAAGUAGAGUUCUUAACGGUGGAGGUGACAAUGCUCUUCACGACACAAUAUAUUCUGAAGUAGCAACUUUAAUCUCAUUUAAUGAAAAUCGUCCUCACUUUUUACUUGAUGCUAUACGCUUGUUACAAAAAUUAAAUACGGAUUUCCUUCGUCAGAGAGCUUUAUACUCCUUAAGAGAUGUAAUUAAAGACUACGUUAACUUGACAACUAAACCAGAUGGAACAGAGAGUGAUCGAAAUCCAACACCACUAUUCGGUCACGAAUUUACUGUUAAUAAUAAUGCCAUGAGAGAUGAUUCGAUUCGACGAGCUAACGAUUAUAGAAUUGUUAAAACUGCCGGAUUUGAUACAACUGCAUUAGAUACACAGGUAAAAAAUAUAAUGCAAGAAGUAAUGGGUGCUAUCCGAGCUCAUGCAUACGAUAUAUGCUCGUCAGAAAUGCUUUAUUAUUUGGUUCAAGUCAUUUUACAUUCGGCAAGAAAGUACAGUCCGUCGGAAGCCUACUCAAGAACUCUUGAAAAGCAACUUGGGAGAGUUCUUCGAGACUCCCUAGAAAGCUAUAAUAAUAAACCUGUUCAAGAAUGUAAGGAAGAGUUACUGGUUGACAUCAGUGAACUAUUGUUCAAUGAGUUGGCAUUUGCUAGGCUCUUGCAUGGUAUUGAUGAAUCCAAAAGUCGUCAAGCCACAUCAGUGGAUGGAAUCGAAGAUGAUGAAGAGAGUAUUGCAAGAGAAAGCACUGUUGACCAAGAAAAACAAGACAGCGAAGCAGAAGCUUUAGAGCGCAAAAGGGAUGAUGAAAUGGCUGAGUUAAUGGGAGCUGACUCAAGUUCUAACGAUGGGGAUGAUGACAAGAGUGAGCAGAAAAAGGAAGUUGAGCUGUCAUAUGCUGAAAGAAAGCCUGUAACUUUAUGCAGCGAUGAAGAUGAAGCUGAAGGAGCUGACGAAACUGUUGAAAUUUCAGAGGAUAAUGACACAGCUGUAAGAAGGCAGCAGGGAGAGGAGGAGGAAGAGGAGGCGAAGGCGAAGGUAGAUGAGGAAGAAACCUUAGUAAAGAAACCAGAUGUUUCGAAUAUCAAUGGGAAUUUGCCGCAUCAAGAUUCCCUCCAGCUAGCUGGUGAUAACGAUUGCCUGCAGAAGUCCGAAGAAGUUGUAAACUGA